CAGCACUUAAGGUAGAUAUUAAAAACUGUAAAUGGUUCGUUUUAUGAUAGGUCGUGAUUAUGUAAGUACCAAAUAAUUUGGUCAACCAUGUUGAAAAAAAUCCACUUUGCACUUUCAAUACCCACCAUUUUGUUGAUCAUAUUUUGCCACCAAAUGGUAAUCGACCACCACAGUCCCACACCCAACACGAAAAAACCCAUAAACAUGGGAACCAUCCCCGAAAUCUACCUCUCCGAAACCAAAGUGACAAAAUCGCUGAACCAAACCUGUGCCAAAUUCCCCCAACUAGUCAACAUCCAAAUCAACAACAACCACUGGCAGAUGCAGGAAACCUCCUUUGGCACUUUCUUCCUCUUUGGCGCCUAUUUGGACCGACGUGGUGCCCCCAUGGUCCGGAUUUUGGCACUCUUGGACCAGUACCAGCCCCAAAACACUUACUUCUGCCAAUUUUGGUACAAAAAUUUGGCCAAACCUGUGAUUGUUGAGAGUGAUGUUCCGUUUUGGUUGUUUCGGAAAAACUGGGGGGCGGAUAAUAACCAAUACAAGCAUCCGUAUUUGGUCACGUGUCCUGUGGAUCUAGUCAAUGGGGAGACCCCUUUUAGUGUUUCUCUAGUGGAGGGUCCGUGCGAAAACGCGAGUAAUAAUUUGAGAAUUUUUGAGAGUUAUUUUGAGCCAAAAAAAAAUUUUGUUGUGUGUGUCAAAGGCUUGUUUUUUCCUUUUGACGACAAGAGUCAGCGUUUGGUUGAAUGGAUUGAACUUUUGUGGCUUCUAGGAGCUGAAAAAAUCCACUUCUACGAGUUUAGUGUCCACCCAAACAUUAAAAAAUUGCUCAACUAUUAUGAAAAUCUUGGGAAAGUUGUGGUAACUCCAUUGUCGGUUGCCGGAAGCGUUUCUAAUAACCCCAAGGUUUUGGGGAAAUUUUUUCGUGAAAAAAUAACUGAAAGACGGCUUCAGGAAGUGAUCCCUUAUAACGACUGUCUCUACCGCCACCUCCACGAGUUCAAAUUCGUCGUCCUUUUAGACACUGAUGAAGUCAUCAUCCCGGCCGAGAACACUUGGGUUGAAUUAAUGGCAACCUUGGAGGAUAUCCUCCCAAAUAGCACUUCCUACGUCGCUCGAAACGUCUACUUCUGGGACAACCCCUCCCACCAACACGAUUGGUUCGAGGGGAUUCCCCGACACAUGCAUAUGCUACAACACGUUUUCCGAGCUCGGAAUCACACCAAACCGAUGGAUUUUGUUAAAGGUUUUCAUGACACGAGACUUGUUAUUGCGUUACAUAAUCAUUUUCCAUUUCGGUGUACCAAAAAGUGUGAUUUUACCGAAAUUGAUUUGGGUUUGGCGCAAUUACAACAUUACAGAGCUGACUGCGCGUAUGGUGUUCAAAAUUGUGGGGUGUUGAAAAGUGAGAGUGUUAUGGAUACGAGAGUGUGGAAUUUUAAGCACGAGCUAGUGAAGCGAGUGGAGAAAACAUUGACGGAUUUGAAUCUGAUGCAAAAUUUUGAAUGAAAUCUCAAAUGGAAACUUAGUGUGCUAUCAAUAAAUUUUAUAUUCCAUUG